AUGGAACCCUCGUUGCAGAAGGCGCUCUUUGAUCGCGUGUAUGAUAAGCGAAAAGCGGCGGCGCUCGAUCUGGAGCGGCAAGUGCGCGAUUGCGUGUCGCGGGGCGACCGUGCACGCGUCACACAGAUUGUGCAGCAGCUCUGCACCUUUCUCACGCAACCGGCGCAACAGAAUGCCAACGCACGCAACGGCGGUCUGAUUGGCCUCGCAGGAAUUGGUAUCGCGCUCGGACAAGAGAUUGCCGCGUACCUCGACCAGUUUAUCGACCCGGUCCUGGCAUGCUUCAGCGACCCGGACCCCAAGACGCGCUACUUUGCAUGUGAGUCGUUCUACAACAUCGCCAAGGUGUGCAAAGGCGAGAUCCUCGUCUACUUCAACCAGGUAUUUGUCGUCCUCGCGCGCCUCGCAGCCGACUCGGAGGUGUCGGUGAAGAACGGCGCGGAGCUGCUCGACCGCCUCUUCAAGGAUAUCGUGUGCGAGGCCGCACCGCACUACGUGUCCGUUUACCAGGACGUGGCACGCGUGCGUGCAAAGCAGGACCAGUCAGCGGGGUAUGCGGGAGGGAGCGACGAACUGAGCGUCGCGCGUGAAAAAGCCGAGCACCAGCGGUAUAUGCACGAGAUCCACGAGCAACACGACGUGCGCAACACGACGAUGAACAAGGCAUUUUCUUUGGCACGCCUCAUGCCGCUGCUUGCCGAAAAGAUGCAGGUCGUCUCGCCACUCACCCGCAACUAUCUCGUGAGCUGGAUCGCGGUGCUGGACUCGGUGCCGGACCUGCAGCUGGUCAGUUACCUCUCCGUCUUUCUCCCUUUUCUGUUCCAGUACCUUGCGGACCCGAACACGGACGUGCGCGUAGCCACCGCCGAGGUUCUCGCCAACUUUUUGCGCGAGAUCCGCGAGGCGGCGCAGCACACUGACCAGACGCCAGCAAACGCACAGGGGGCGCCGGACGUCAAAGAGGAGAAGAGCAAGCAGGAGAAGGAGGACAAGCCCACUUCCGAAGACGACGACCUCAUUUGGAUCCACACGCACGGCGUGCGCAUCGAGUACGAUGCAAUUUUUGAAAUUCUUCUCGAGCAGAUUGCGAGCAACGACGAAGAGAUCCAGGCGACGAUCUUUGAGUGGAUCACCGAGUUUUUGCACGUCGUCCCUUCGAUGGUGAUCCCGUUUACGCCGCGCCUCAUUUCGGCGAUUCUCCCGUGCCUCGCACACCCCGCGCCUGCGAUCCAGACUGCGGCGAUCGAGACGAACAAGCAGCUCUUCCACGCCAUUGAAAAACUGCCGCCGCCGCCCUCGCACGACGACGAGCAGGCGAGCGCGGCACCGGCGCCGGCCGUGUACUCGGAUGCAGUCAACUACUUCCAGACGGCCAACGCCUUGAAGCAGCACCUGCUCGAUCAGAACGAUAAGACGCGUCUGAACGCGCUCGAGUGGCUCAUCAUGCUCCACCGCAAGAGCCCGACAAAGCUCUUCUCGAUGGAGGAUGGGAGCUUCUCGUUCCUGCUAAAGGUGCUCUCGGACCCCAGCGAAGAGGUGAUUCUGUGCGACCUGCGCCUGCUCACGCAGGUCUGCAGCAAGUCGGACUCGCGCCACUUUAAGCUGUUUAUCAAGGAUCUCUUGGAGCUCUUCCGCUCGGAUCCCAAGCUGCUCGAGACGUGGGGCAGUCUGAUUAUCCGUCAGCUCUGCACGUCGCUCGAGACAGAGCGCGUGUUCUGCACGCUCGCCUCCUCGCUCGAAUCGUACGACGACCUGGAGUUUGCGAGCGUCAUGGUCCAGAACCUCAACAUGAUCCUGGUCGCCUCGCCAGAGCUUGCGGCCUUCCGCCGCCGGCUGCGCAUGCUCGACCAGAAAGAGAACCAGUCGCUGUUUGUCGACCUGUACCACUGUUGGUGCCACAAUGCCGUGUCGGUCUUUUGCCUGUGCCUCUUGACGCAGGCGUACGAGCACGCAUAUGAUCUGCUGCGGAUCUUUGCCGAGUACGAGGUCUCGCUUACGAUGCUCAUCCAAAUCGACAAGCUCGUCCAGCUCCUCGAAUCGCCCAUUUUCACGGCGCUUCGCCUGCAGCUCCUCGAGCCGGAGACGAACCCGUACCUCUUCAAGUGCUUGUACGGUCUCAUGAUGCUCCUCCCGCAGAGCUCGGCCUUCUCGACGCUACGCAACCGCGUGCACGCGGUCAACGGCCUCGGUUUCCUCCCGCCGGCCGCACGCACCUCGGCGCCGCCCAACGCACCGGGCCGCAGCCGCGCGCCAAAGGCGGAUAUCCCGUGGGCCGAUCUCCUAGCCCACUUCCGCAAGGUCCAGGGGCACCACGAGCAGGCGCGCGAACAGAACGCAUCGCGCACCGACCCCGCACUCGCAGACGUCGCAAGCCGCGAGCUCCCGGCGCCCGCAGUGCCGUCAAUAGACGCGCCUCCGCUCACGGGCCGCGUCCGCCGCCGCCCGAACGAGCCGGCGCUCUUUUCGGGCAGCCGCAGCGCCACGACGCCACUCAAUACCUCGGCGCGCGGCACGCCGACCGACGAGCACGGGCCGGCGCAUGGCCUGCGUGCGCCGUGGGGCGCCAGUGCAUCGCACGAGCGCACAUCGCGACCCAACAGCCGUGCGACUCGACAGUAG